AUUUUGCUUCUCAAUACAGAGAAAAACAGAGAAUUUUUCACAAAAGAAAAAUUCGCAAGACAAGAAAAUUGUUUAUAAUUCCCAGAAUAUUAAUUUUUCAGCACUGAACCGUUCUUUUUUUUUUAAAUAUCCUGUAUAUCGCGUACGAAGCAAUCUGUUACUGGGCUAGUUAAAAUUAUUAGUAUGCAGUUCACGUUUAAGGCAUACAUACAUAUAUGUAUGCACAUGCACGAAGCCCAUCGGCACGAGCAGCGAAAUGCUCAUUUUUUUAGGUUAAAGAACGAAAAAUAGGCGAAAUUAUCAUCUCCUAUUAAAAUCCCAUAAAAUCUAAUCUUGAUAAACACAACGAAACGUGAAAAUUUGUGCCCGUUACAACCGAAAUGGAGCAACUCCGCUUUCUACAAAUUUCUCAAUUAUAUCUAAAUUCUUUGAAUGCUUUCGCGUCGACGAUUUUCCGUAGACAAGAAAUUCCCCUCGACUUUCAAUUUUUCGUUGCGAGUUCCUGCGUCCUCCUUAGCCCUUUGGCAACCCGUGGAACGAUCACGAGCAGCGUGGGUGUUAACCCCGUCACGUUGGAGAGGCGGCCCCGACACGUCCCCCUCCCGGAAAACGAGAUCAGAGUUGGCCUGAUAAAUUCCAACGCGAGAUCGUGUGCAACGCCGACAGCACAGUAGCUCGAGAUGCGAUAGAUAGCCCGGUCGGUAAUUAGCGGUUGCUGAUUGGUCACCUUCCUCCUCGGCAUAUCCGAGCCAGCUGAGGAUGAGGGAGCGUAUAAACAUGUCGCGUGGGCUCGUGGUGGGGGCUUAUUUACUCGCUGUUCAGACCAUGCUGGGUUGGCCGAUCGUCGACGUAACGACGAACGCCAGUCCGCGACUGACACUCGCUAUGAUCGCAUGGUGUCGCUGCGAACGGUGUCUAUAUACAGUUUUUCUUCGUCGUUCGCGUAUCAACGUCGAACUAGUGCUGACAGUGUUUCCAUCGUUCGCAGUCUCCUCGCGAUCGAGCGCCUCCACCUAAUUGUGCAGAUCGUUUUCGCAUUAUCGAAAUUAAUUACCGGGAACUUGAUUUGGUAUCGGUGAUUCGUCAACGCGAGGAGCAUCGUAUGCCGAGGUUACGAAGUGACACGCGUUUCGAUGGCUCGCGAACACGUGGACCGGCCAGUCUGACAUGGAACAUUGCCCGAUGGACUGUCCGGAGCCGAGGAACCAAGUGAAAGCGCGCGGAUCGAUAGCUGCAAUCGUUGAGGAUCUUCGAUCGGCGCGCGUAACUCGUUGAGAAAAGGAGAGAUCUCAUCGGGCCAACGGUCCUCAGGGACCUGAUGGCACCCGACCUCGAGAAAAGGCGGCAGGAACUCAGGAGGACCAACAGCGGUACAUUGGAACAGGGACACGAACACUUUCAGAUGCUCCUGCAGCUCCACUGCGCCGGAAAUGCGCUGAUCGAGCCCUAUCGACACGGUAACAAUGCAGGCGGAAGAUCGUCAGCGGUGACAGGAUUGGUACAAAGAAGCACCGUCAGUUCGAGUAACCGCGCCCACUCCGCCACCAGGAGGAUCAGUCAUCAGCAACGUCAGCAACAACAGCAACAACAACCCAGGAUACCCUUGGGACCCUUACGGAACUCGGAUGACCACGUGUCCAGAGCGAAUUCGGCGCAGGACGUUUGCGACAAUUCGAACGACUCUGGACUUGGAUUCGAAGAACGACAGCAACAUCUCAUCACCGCAAACGCUUGGAACGGCGCCGGCGAGGAGGACUCGAAGAGGAGGAAGAUGGACAUCAAGCUCGAGUCCGAGGACGCAAACUUCGCUUUCCCGGAGGUUGCGCACAAUACUAGUCCCGAGAGCAAAACGGCAAGCAGAACCACGUCGAACGGCAUAGGGUUGGCCACGAUCUCCAGCAACAGAAACGGGACCGCUGGAAGGGUCGUCGACGUACCCAGAUCUCGUCCAGGCAUGGGUGUCCUCAGCAAAAGGCCGCCAUCCGCCCACCAAGGACCCAUCACCCUCACCUCCCAACUGUGUAGCGCUUCCGCGGAUGGCAAAGCACAGUUGCAAAUCAUCUGCCAGCCGGAGCAGCAGCAUCGGGCCCGGUAUCAGACCGAGGGCUCCAGAGGAGCAGUCAAAGAUCGCACAGGAAACGGGUUUCCAAUCGUGCGUUUGGUCGGUUACGACAAACCGGCGACGCUUCAAGUUUUCAUAGGCACGGAUCUCGGUCGUGUGGCGCCCCAUAUGUUCUAUCAAGCUUGUCGCGUGAGCGGCAAGAACUCGACACCUUGUAUCGAGCGUAAAAUCGACGGUACCAUCGUCAUCGAGGUGGACAUGGACCCGACGAAGGACAUGCUGAUCACCUGCGACUGCGUGGGAAUUCUGAAAGAACGGAACGUCGACGUGGAGCACAGAUUUCCACAGGAGGCUGGUAUCCUUCAAGGACGCAGUAAAAAAAAGUCGACUCGUUGUCGCAUGGUCUUCCGCACGGCGAUCACCCAUUCGGAUGGCACCACGGAGACUUUGCAAGUCUGCUCUCAACCGAUAGUUUGCACCCAACCACCUGGCAUCCCGGAGAUCUGCAAGAAAUCACUCACGUCUUGUCCAUGCACCGGUGGAUUGGAACUAUUCAUUCUCGGAAAGAACUUCCUCAAAGACACUCGCGUGGUGUUCCAAUUAGAUAACGACGAUUUAUCGAGUAGCUUAGAGCCGCACUGGGAGUGCGCAGUCUUACCCGACAAAGAGUUCCUGCAACAAACGCAUCUGGUGUGCGUCGUACCCGCUUACAGAAGACAAGAUCUGGCGCCCUCGGAAACGGUCAGUGUAAAAUUGUACGCAAUGUCCUCUGGUAAAACCAGCGAGCCUCACACGUUUCUCUACACCGCUGUGUCCACACCACCCGAGCCAUCGGUGGGUAAAGUCGAGCCCAUAACUCCACCUCUUUCCACCACGAAUGGUGAAACUACCCUUGCGACGUCCCCUGCAGCAGUAUCUCUAACUACGGGUGUAACACCUAACACUCUGAUAACCCAAGCAGCAACAGGAACGUCGAAUUUCUUAUCCAGCAUGCAACCACAGCAACAACCGUCUCAAACGACAGAAACUCUUAAAAACGAUCCGAGUCCGCCACCGGUAACAGCGUCUUCUCAAGUAUCGUCGGUCAUGAUGUGGGCCACUCAGAGUUCGAGUUGCCAAAAUUCACCGCCUGACGUGAUGAUGCCACCGCCAGCGUUGGUAGCGAAUCCGCUUCUGAAUCGUAGAUCAUCGUCGAACCUUCAAUUGAUAUUGCCAGACAAUUUGAAGACAGAAGUCCUGGAUGAGAAUAGCGAAAACAGUAUGAUUAGCGAAAACAGUAUGCAAAGCAUACCCACGCCCACCGCGAACGGUUCGAAUGGAACAAGUCCGUUGCAGCAGCUCGUUACCGAUACAUCUAGGGAAACGUCGCAGACUAACAUGAUCAGAUCGGUUCCCGUUGCAGCGAACAGCUCGCCUGUGCAGGAAACGGUUAAUCUCCUCGAAGUUGUCGAUAUGAUGCGGAAUCAGCAUUCCUUGACGAUGGUGACGGCGCAUCAAAAUACAUUCGGAGGUAUGCACGAAUCGUCUCAAGCCAAAGUUCUAAGUCCUCAUCAUAUCAACAAAGACACUAACCCGAUAUUGCCGACAGAAGGCAGUCCUAACGGUAGUCUUCAGGGUGGCGGUGUCGUUGAUCUCCGAAUGAAACACCAUCAAUCGGAGUUUGGAACUCUGUCGAACUUUACCGCAUCGCCUAACGGACAACCGUUACCCGCACAAAGUGGCCAUAGCUUGGAGAAGUACCUAAACGAUAUCGAAUCGAACGUUAAAGAGGUUGAUAAUCAGGAGAACGGCUACGUAGCCAACAUACAGCAACGAGCGUCCAUUAUCGCCACGGGACGACAACCGCAACAGGGACAAUCUUCCAACAUGCUAGCCCCCGCCACUCCAGGCGUAAAGUUAGAUACUCUCGUUAAUUCCGCCGCGGAAACUCAUCAGCUGGUGUCGUCGCUUCGUACCGUCAACCCUAACAGCAGUACUCUGAUGACUCACGUGAACGCGGUCAGCGAUCACGAAACAAUCCCAAGUCCCCAACAGACUAGAACUAGCCCGCCAAUUCCGGUAAAGACUAUGCUACUCGAAGCCUUGAUGCCGCCCCAAACCGUUCAGCCUAUGGCGUCAAAUGUAGCGCCGUCCGUUUCGCCUCCCGCGUCGGUGGUGCAGGAGCAGACCGCUGGUGACAAUUUACUUACAAGCAUCAACGCUGCCCUGAUGCCGUCGAUGCAGGAGCCACCAGCCACCGCAACCGGUACGUCAAACGCUACCGUCACUGUGUCAGCCCAUAAUCCAUUACAAGUAACGAACGAGACUAUGUCUACAACGGCUGAUCACAUUCCUCAAAUUCAAGGUCUCAUUCAGUCGGACGUUGUAGCGAUGCAACAAGUCCAGCAAGUGGAACAAGUUGUAGCACAGGCACAGCAGCAAGUUGAACAGGUUGUUGCUCAGGCGCAGCAACAAGCUGUUCAAGCUGUCCAGCAAGCGCAACAACAAGUCGUUCAACACGUUGUGCAACAUGCACAGGUUGUUCAACAGGCUGUACAACAGGUGCAGGCGGCACAACAAGUUCAGGCUGUGCCUGCAGUUCAGCAGGCUGUGCAGCAAGCCACCCAGGAAGCGGUACAACAAGCGGUGCAACAAGCGACCCAGGAAGUGGUGCAGCAGGUUCAAGCUGUUCAGCAAGCGGUACAGCAAGCGCAAGCAGCCCAAGCAAUGCAACAGGCGGUACAGCAAGACAUUGGUUCGAUGUUGAGCCAACCGGCUGGUUUCGUUGCAGAGGCCAGCUCCGCCCUUGCGAGCGGAGCAGCGCAGGAACCGUCGCAGCAACGAUUGACCACUGCUGCGGAACAGGCAAUUAAUAAUGUAAUUACUAAUGCAACUCAAGAUAUUAUUAACAAUCGACCUAUUACCACGACUACGGCGCACGCUAUCAUCGCGACGAAGAACAUAUUAAACAGCGUGGCCACUCAAAGUGCCCAAUUAAUGAACACUGCUAUGGAAGGCAUUUUGCCUAAAUCUCCUUCUAGCCAGAACAACAUUGUCGAACAAGUUACGAGUAAGUCACCGCCGGUUGCCUUGCCCGUAACACCUAAUAGACAAAAUGUGAAUCCGCCUAUAGCGAAUACACCCAAUAACGCGGGUGGAACGACAAUUAGGAAGCAAGAGGACGGUAUGCUGCCUCAGGAGCUUACGUCGAUGUCGGAGCAUGAUCUUUUGAGCUACAUAAAUCCCAGCUGUUUCGAUCAGAGCGGUUUUCUUAUGUAGUGCCGCCGCAUUCUUGUCGUUAAGAAUAAAACUGUUCAUUGUAUUCGAGAUGAUCGGAUAUGAAACGUGUUUACUAAUUCCAGCCAGUUGAGUACGAGAAGUGUAUGCCGUUGGCUCGGUACGAAUUCUAUAUCUGUGCCACAUUGUCGUUUCAGACUUUGUAUAUGAUAAAAAUGAAAAUUCACUUUUGUACGACGAAAAUGGACGAAGUUUGCACCACCUUUCUAAUGAAUUGAAAACUAUUAUCAUGUUAAGUAAGACGGGCGCACGAGAGCGCGACAAUUAGGGUUUUCCUUUAUUCUUCCUCUUUUUCUACGAGUUGUCGAAUGUGAUAAUUCAUUUUAUUUAUCUCUAUCAAUGCCUCUUGCGCAUCCAGGUGCCUUUUCCCCUAUUGUAAAGUAUCUCGAAUUGGUCUUUCUCUCGCAGUAAAGGAGCAUCGUGAAUACGAGAUCGCGUGUGUAUGUAUCCUAAUAAUCGACAAUGUGCUGACCCCACUCAACUCUAAGUGGUGCCACGGAAUUGAGUGUAGCAAAAGUUACGUUUCGAUGUAUCUUAAAGUAGAAUAUUCUACGGUUCAUUGAUACAUUCUUCUUUUUUGACUUGAUUUCAUUCUAACAAAUGGAUCAUCUUGUUGUUUGACGUCGUUUCUAUUAUAUUUCUAAGUAUAAUAUAUUUCGUAUGUUGUUUAAUAAUUGAAUCUUUUUGUUGAUAAUUAAUACAAAUAAUAGAAUAUUAUGUGAUUGCGUUGAUGAUGUUAUCGAUAACUAAUAGACAAAUGUAAAACGACAGAGAGAUUAUAUUAUAUGUCGGUACGAAGAAUAAUUAAUAUAGAAGUAUAUAUCACUGAGAUAUAUAAUAUAUUUUACGUUUACCCAAAGAGAGAAGCAGAUGAUCGGACAAAGUGAGCUUAUUAAAAAUAUAACGAAAUCUAUAUUAUAUAUUGUAACAAGUUACGUAAGGGUUCUCCCUUUUGUUCAGGAUGAGGGGUGCUAUGUACCGCGUGUACGAAUACUCGCCAACAUUAUCUAGUAGAAAACAGAUUUUAUAAUAAAAUAUUGAAACAUUUAUUGUCGUGCUAUGUCUUCGUAGCAAAGUAUAUAUAUUUUAUAUCGAGCAUCUGUUUACGUGUCACGCGUUUAAAAGGAUCGUUAAAAAUCAAAGCAUGAAUGCUACGUUAAUGAAAUAAACAGAUCAUUGUACUACGUCGUGUGUACUUCGUGAAAUUGUUUGUAACAUUUACUGUACACUGUACGCACAUCUAUAGCAUUGUCAGGUUAAAUAUUCAAAACGAAAGUCAUGAGCGUGUAUUAUCAUUUUACUCCUGUAAGUUGAAUAAAUGUUUCACAGCAUCGCUUU